UUGUGCAGGAUGUAGCUCGCGAAUAUCUUAAACAUGUGAAUAUAUUGAAAAAGACUAGUUCAGUUUAAUUUACGAUUCGUGCAGGACAUGGGUAACAGGAGUAGUAGGAAGAAAAAACAGACAUCUGGAUCCAAAAAAGGAAAGAGAUUCGGAACCGACGGUAAAUUCAGCACGAUGUAUGGGAGCAAUCGUUCAGACAGCCUCUCAGGAGGUGACUAUGGAUUUGCCGAUUAUAAUUCACGCAGCGGGCGCAAAACAUGUGGUACAUUUGCAAAAAACGCUGGUAACACUGCUGGUUACUUAGACGCUGAUUUGGGCCAUGGCAAGGGCGGUGGCGAUUGCAGUAGUUGUAGUUGGCGAGUAACGCACGAAAACCAUGGCGGAGAUAGAGAUGGCGACGGCAUUGGUGGAAGCGGUGGUGGUGGGCCGGAAACGCACGGUAACCCAGGCGUUGGUGGUAGUGGUGGAAGCGGUGCUGAUCAAACUCAUGUAGACGGCGGUGUUGGCGGAGGUAGUGGUGGUAGUGGGCGCGGUGAUCAUCAUAACAAUGUAGGCAGUAGCGGAGGCGGUGGUGGUAUCGGGCUCAGCCACGUAGGAGGGGGUGGUGGCGGAAUUGAUAACUGCCAUGUAGGUGGCGGUGACGGCAGUUACGGCGGUGGUGGCGGUGGGCACAGUGCUGAUCAUAGCCAUAUCGGAGUUGGUGAUGGCGGUUUUGGCGGUGUCGGUUGUGGUGGGCGUGGUGCUGCGUGUGGCGCUUGCGGUGGUGGCGGCUUUGGUGGCGGUGGCGGCGGUUGUCACGGUGGCGGCGGUUUUCACGGUGAUUACGAUUAAAUAUGUAAAGAUGCUGCAAAACGAAAAUAUGAACAACCAAUACAACACAAUUCUGUAUUAAGUUAUACCAGACUUAACAUGUAAAACUGUGUAAGUUACUGGCAAAUAUGUAUGUGCCUUUAGAACUGAAAAAAGCUUAGAUAGGCCCACCAUGUUCAAGAGAACCGAGAAGGUCCGUUUGCCGUAGUUAUGUGACUGAACAUUCACAACAUAUGUUGAUACUUAUGAAUCAAAGCGCUGAAGGCACUGACAUUGUUCGCUAUUGCAUGAUCUUAGAAGAAACUCAUUUUUCAAAAUUAUGUUAUAGCUUUUCAAAUCGCAAGUUUGAAAUGAACACAACCCAUUCAGAUUUAUAAAUAGAUUGUCUUAACGCACAUGUCGAGAUGUGUGUGCACUGAUUAUCCUCAUAUUUAUGUUAUAGAGAUAACUUAGACAAAAUAACAACACGUCUGUUGUUUUUUUUACUUUCUGAAAGCAUUAGAAAUAUGAUGAAAAUGGUAUAAUGAGAACCAGUUAAUAUAAAAUAAAAUUUGCAAUCACCAUCAUAUUAAAGGAAUAUUGUUGGAAUAUCGAAUACCUGUCACACUAAGAAUAUAAUUUCAUGAUGGAAAUUCCCUUUACAAACUUUGUUUGACACCAUAUACAAUUCAAAAUAGUAUACAAUAAGAUAAUUGAUGAAAAUAAAUAUAAAAGAUAAAUCUGCGAGCAGUAGUUAAUACUCACGAAUUAGGUAGUCAUAAAGCGCUGUUUACCCUUACUUUGUUGUUGAUGCAUUACGUGUUACCCUAGUAGUUCACAUGGUGUCAACCAGUCUCUUACCUUUACAUUGGUAUAGAACACUCGUGCGCUUUUUUGGCGUAGCGGUUUUCCCAGCUUUUCGCCUUAAUGACCUCUACAUAACGCCAGCAGACACGAAUGAAUAUAUUCGAAUAUUGUAUAAGCUGAUUCGAGAGAAAUCCCCUGAAAUUUGGCUGCAUCACUGUGUCUGGGCGCAACGUAAAGGAUGCAACACUGUUCAAUGUAAGGAAUUCCGGACUACUCUCUGCGUGUUCAAACGACACAUAGACACAAAUUGUGGCCCAGUUAAAAUUACGCGUUUAAAUCCAUCUCGCAGAAUUGCAGCGUCUGUACUCGAUCACUAAAUCCUCAGGGGAUAACAUAAUUGACUAUCGAUAAGCACAGUUUUGCUUUCGAAACGCCAUAAGACCCAUUUUCGCAAGACGCGGCUAUGAAUGUGUGAUUUGAAUGUUUCGAAAGAAAACAGCGUGUUAAAUAUCAACAUACGAUAUAUUUCGAUGGUGGAAAAAUAAACUCAUAAUAAGCCAUGUGAGGCCACAUAUGAUAUGAACUUCUUCUGAGAUCAUGCAAUUAGUCUAAUUUGUAUCUACUAACAUUAAUGUGUGGUUUGACUAUAAUAACACACAUUUCAUGCGGUGAAUAUGCGACUAACGAGUGAAAAAACACACUUAAUAGUUUAACUUUUGUUUUCAAUUUAAUUAUUUAGAAAUGUAAAUUUCAAACUUUAUUUCACAGUCAGCAUUUUCGCAACUUAUGUUCAACGUUUCAUAAAUUGAAAACUAUGAAUAUAAACAAGCUUAACCUUA